UGCCGGCUUCACCAGCUUCAAAUCGACUGCACAAGCUUGGCUUCACACAGCGCGAGCGAGCUGUCAAGCCGGCAGGAGCAGGGCAGGGCAGCGAUGACAGAGCCAGGUCAAGUCAUCAGGCUCGUGCCGUCCAUUCUGCCGCCUGCAGAGCUUCAGAACUCUGCAAGCUCUCCAAGCCGUUCAGCCGCCCUGCAAGCCUUCACGGCAUCGGGUCGCUCGUUUGCUACUGCUUUCGAUCCCUUCAGAAAUGAGCUAGCCUGCUUUGUCAGCGCGAAAGAUGGCCACGCUGCUUCUACGACCACUCUGAGCGCGACGCCGACAGACGAUGCGGAUCAGCGGAUCUACUUCCUUGCGUAUGACGGUCUCGAUAGCGCAGACAAGCGAUUGUUUGUCACUCAGAGCUAUACGCAUUUUGUCAGCCUGCAAGGCAUGGCAGAGCUCGAGCAGCAGGACGGGCAGUACGACGGACUUCAGCAGCAUUCGUCGGGGAUACCAGAGGCAGACACGAUUACGCGUUACGCACGCAUUGCAGCGCUGUACUGCGCCGACGUACAAGCUCAUAUUGACGCCUUGUCUGCUAUGCUCAACGAGCCGAGCGGGCGCAAGAACGCCGACAGAAUCAUGGCUCAGCUCGGGCACUAUCAACAGGUCUACGACAUCUUCAAGCUCGCUAGCAUACUCUACAUACCCGCCGAUGGACGGGGCGACGGUCUGCUCACCGAAGAGUACCUCAAUUGGCUCAACUACUACGACCCAGCCCCAAGUACCGAAGAAGGCGCCUCGUUGAAGAACAUGUCGACACCGUGGGAAGAUCCCAAAUUUUGGAGCUACACCUACCGGUCUGUUCUGCGGGGCAUGCCAGCCGGUUCGGUCUUCACGCUGCGCCGACUUCGCGAUCACCCAAAGGCAUUCGUGUCCAGCACAGCAAAGCUAGCCAUAUCGCUUGUAGACGAUCUGCCUCGAUCGACACGCUACAAGCUCGAAUCAGCCUACAGCGAUGCAUUCAGGCUAUGGCGCAAUCGCGUGACAGACUCUCUCAAGCGUCUCGAUAGGGAUUAUGAGGCCACUUGGUCAGGCCCAGAAGACGAAGGCGAAGACUGGCUGCUCAGCUUCCGAUUGCUUUACGAGAUCUUAGCGGGCGAUCAAGAUCGCGUGCUAGAAGCGAGCGAGGACGUACCCGAAGCACUGGGUGCCUGGGGACUUCUCGUCCGUCCUACCUUGCGUCGAGAUCACAUCGUUGAGACGAUGCGCACAAUAACCGCUACUCUCGAGAUGGAGCCAGCGGGCUUAUCAGACGAGAUAAUCUACGCACUGCUGAACAAUGACGUCGCCGAAGCGAUACAAUGCUGUGGCAGGUUGGAUGCUUGGCUCGUCGCACAUCUGACCGAUCUCUUCGAGAAGAUGGGUCUACUUGAAGCAGCACCCCAAGGACCUUCACUGCGCGAUUGGUUUAUACUGCGCUGGGCAGAUUGCUUGAGAUCCGACGAUGCCCUCUGGCGAAUCGCGUUAGAUUACCUCAGCGCUUGCGGCGAAGCAGGCCGAGCGCGCAUGUCCGAAACGAUCCUCAGGACGGCUUUCCAAGACAAGGCGCCUGCGAGCAAGGCUGAAGAUGAGAGUAUGGCGACGGGCGGUCUAGACGAUGCUUCCGUCGAGGCCCUCUUGCAGGCUUGUACGGACUAUAGCCUCGAAGCCGAGACCAGGAAGAUCUGUCAGGGCAUGGCCGAGCGAAGGACGAGGCAGAGACGAUAUGGCGAAGCAGUAGCAUUCUCAGUACGAGCAGGAGACGCCAAGCGAAUCGCUCGUAUUGCAGACACGAUUCUCGAUCUCUACGUAGUCGACCGAGACGCGUUCAACGCGCAAGUAGACUCGAUUCCUACUUCUUUGCUUCAUCCGGAAGCAGCGCAACUCCGACCUGGUCUCUUCCCGGCAGAGAUGCAAGAUGAAGACUAUCAGCCCGCUCAACUCAAUGCUGCACUCUUUGCCUCUCGACUGUCAUUCAUUGCGCGCUAUCGCCAGUUCCACAGCUUGUACGCACAGGGCGACAAAGCAGAAGCGGCAACGCUGCUGAUCAGUCUGUUUGGCUUGGCGCCCAAACGAUUCUGGGCGGUCAUGUUUGUCGAUGCAGUGCCGCUCCUCGAGAGCGAAGCGUCUUCGAUCAUGCUCAGGGAUUGUUACCAGCUCUUGGGGUGGCUAGAGCAGAUUGAUGGAGGCAGCCACACCAGCAAAGACCCAUAUGGUUAUCUGAACAUGCUUGCCAGUCUAUCAGCUGGCAAGAUGCUCGUCAAGCCGAGCCGCGAAGAAGUAGAAGCAGCUCAGAAGCGUUUGCUCGUCGUGCGGUUCGCGCUUGCGCGUCAUCUCUCGCGCUCGUCUACCGUCGCACGAUAGAUCACAUGCAUUGCUAUUACGAAAUCGAUCGCUGAGGUGCAUUGGGUGCUUCUAGGAACCUCCAUCCUAAGUCUUGAGCUUGAAAUGCACAUUUGAAUUUGCC